AUGGCGCUCCGUCGACCACAUCGGAAAUCUCGCCACGGCUGCGUGGAAUGCAAGAGACGACGAGUGAAGUGCGACGAAGCCCGCCCAUCAUGCUCCAAUUGCGAAAAACGCCAUUCAGAAUGCGAGUAUGGUUCAUCAGCCUCGUUGCUCUGGACAAAUGAAGACCCAGAAGGCAGUCUCAGUCUCGACUUCGCCCGCUCAUCAAGCGCGACCCCCAACUCCAGCCUCGCUAACAGCGAAAAUGUACCCUCGCUUAAUGUCCACGAUCUGGAACUCAUGAUGCAGUGGUGCAACGCUACAUAUCACACGCUCUCACGAAACCAACACACAGAUCCAAUCUGGCGCAAUAUCGUCCCGGAAGAAGCUCUCUCUCAUCCAUUUUUGAUGCAUGGCAUUCUGGCACUUUCUUCUCUGCACCUGGCGCGCACGGGCCCGGAGCCUUCACGGCGCGCCUCGUAUCUCAACCGCGCCGUCGCGCAUCAGAAUCAAGCGCUGGCGCUGUUUCGAGGCUUGCUCGGCGAUGUGAAUGAAACUAAUGCUAAAGCGAUGUUUGCAUUUGCGGGCAUCGUGGUGAUUUACACAUUCGGCUUUCCCAACACGCCUGAUGUGCAGGAUCCAUGGGCCUGUGUCGAUGACCUGUACCAGGUCCUCGUGCUGACGCGCGGUGUUCAGCAAGUAAUCUACGCACCGAGAGAUUUUCGAACAUUUUUAUGGAAUAGUUCCUUCGGGCCUAUCCUACAAGUGGAGGAGAUUGUGGGCAUUCUUCCUGAUGAAGCGGUUGUGGCUUUACGACAGCUGCGCGCGGCGAAUGAAAAUUGCGGCGAGGAUCCAAAUCACGAACUGGAUGUUUAUUCAAAAGUGAUUGAAAAUAUGGAGGAGAUGUUGACUUGGGUCUACGGCGGGAUGCGCGCGAAUACGAUCGCAGGGCGAUGGGCAAUUAAGUUGCCCAGUCGAUACAUGGAGCUGUUGCGAGAGAGGGAUCCAUUGGCACUCGUCAUGCUGACUCAUUAUGGCGUGCUUUUGCGGUCUCUUCAACAUCGCUGGUGUUUCGACGAAUGGUGUUUGCGUGUGGCCAAGGUCGCCUGGCAGAUCUUAGAUGAUCAAUGGAGACCCUUGAUUCACUGGCCCAUGACCGAGCUUCUCGGUUCGAAUUACCGAGAGAUUGUCACUUGA